AUGGCUGACAACAACCCAGACCCAGACCCUGAAUCUCCUCAACAAAAUGCUGCUGAACAGCCGGAAGAGGCCAAGUAUCAUUGUUGGAAACCACCAGCACUCAGAAAAGACCACGAAACACAAUUCUGCAAAGAAAACCUUGUAGAAGUAUUGGAACCGAGACUUCUAGGUGUCAUGGAUGCGAGAUGGUCAUCUAGUUUUCAGGAGGUUGUCGGAAAAAACAACGAGCGCUUCCCCAUACUCGACGACAAUGGAACCGCGUCUUCAGAGACACUGGCUAUCGACCCGAGACUUCAAGAAGCAACUCCUCCACAAAAGGUCUUCGACUUUUUGUCUGAACCUCCGAAGCGCCCUGAAAUUCCCGAACCACGGCUCGCCAACCGCUGGAUCAGUGAACGGAGACUCCCUCCACUACAGCCACAACAGAUAUGCUGGGAGGCAGAAGACAGAACGGGCCGGGGACCCCGUUUGUUCUAUUACACUCCUGCCCCCAAGGAGCAAGAACACAACGGAGUCGCUUAUCCUCAGAAUGGCCAAGAGCCACCAAACCGAUCGCAGUACCCGCACAAUCCCUACCCCUCGCCUCCAAAGCAACAUGAUUUCUAUUCCGGAAACCCUGGACCCCAUGCGAGAGUCUAG